GAAGGGAAACAAUGAGGCCUUUGGUAAUUGUGCAGGAUCCACCCCCAGCUUCCCAGCGUGUCCCCUCUGCGGGCUGGAUCCCAGUGGUGGCUUGGGGGCGGGGCCGGGGGCCCUGAAUGGGCCCCUUGUCUCAGCGCUGGGUGUGGGCCAGGCUCCCCGGGCACACGGUGCCCUCGCCAGGCCUGGCUGGCCUCUGUGGCUUCCACCCCCAGCUGGCUGAGGACGGGCCCUGUGGGUGAGCAGGCCCCUCCCUGAGAGCCUGGGCUGGGCUCCCAUCCCAGGCUGCAGAGACAGGUAGAGAGAAGGACCCCAUCUAGUGGGGAAGGGGGAGAAGCAGCAGCCAACUGUCUCAGAGCACCCUGACCCCAGACUAAAGGGGACCUGUGGAGGGAGAGUGGGACACUGGAGGCCCACCCAGGUUGGACUUCCCACCCUUUGGCUCCCUGCCUUUAUGACCUUGGGCAGGUUCUUUGUUUUUUUCUGAAUCUCAGCUUCCCUACGGGUAAAAUGGCUCUGACAGUAAUACCUACCGGAAGGGUUGCUGUGAUGAUUGCAUGACAUCAUACCUGGGAAAUGCCCAGUGAGUAUCAGGUGCUCAAUAAAUGUUAGCUUCCCUUCCCUGGACCUGGGGGAAGGAGAACUGAGGGCUCCGGGAUUGGUUCCAGGGAUCCUGGAAGGGCCUCGGGGGGUGGGGUCAGGGGUAGGUAGGCUCUCACAAUGGGCUAGAACUCUGCCUUCCUCUGAGUUCUCAUCCACUUUGACUCCUCUCCCUGUCUCAGGGAGGGGAGGAAAGGCUUAGGAUGAGUUGUCAGUGAAAGUUUUCCCCCUAGAUUCUCCAUUUCUUUCUUCUUGGCUGCACUUGAAGCUUCCAAGAGACCCCUUAGGUGGUGGCCACUGGCCUGCAGCCUGGUCCCCUCCACCCUUUGUACCAAAUGCUUGUCCUGCCCCCUACUUGGUGCUUGUAUAUUGGGAGAAAUGGCGGUGGUUAUGAGGUUCUUCCGAUGGAUUUGGCGAAAGAUUACUUGCUGGGUUUUCUUCUGGAAACAAAAAGCUAAGUCAACCUUCUUGGAACACCAUGAUUCCCAGAAAAGUGUAUUGAAGGUGGAGAAGACUCCCAAGGUGGUUGAGACUUUCAAGUUGGUUGAGCCCUCCAAAGAGGCUAAGAUUUCCAAGAUGGUGGAGUCCCCCGAGGUGGCUGAUGCCUGCGAGUUGGCCAAAGCAACAGAUAGGGCUAAGGUGGAGCCGGGUCAUAGGGCCCGAUCCCUGCUGCAGCUGCCCCGGACAGCUGUCAAGUCUGUCUCCAUGCUCAUGGUAUCGGCCCUGCAGAGCGGCUGGCAAAUGUGCAGCUGGAAGUCAUCUGUGAGUUCUACCUCCAUUUCCUCCCAAAUGAGGUCUGGGUCCCCAGUGGAUACGUCGGAAGCUGAGAUGCUGCGGGAAGUGUACCUGAUACUGUGGGUCAUUCGGAGACAACUGCGACAGCUGGCCCGCAGUCAGGAGAGGCGGAGGCGGCGCCACAUCCGGGCCCACACUGGCUCCCAGCCUGACACGGCUCAGGGCCUGAAACAGGAUGCCCGGAGUCCCCUUUAGGGGGGAACCCCACAUCCUCAAAAAGCCCCACCUCAGUCUUAGGUAAGGUUGAUAGGAGAGGUUAGGACAGCAGGCCAGGAGUUUUGUGUGAGAAGUUUUCAUACUGUCACCUCUCUCAUCGGGAGCCUAAGCCCAGGUGUGGGGUCCCAUUUAUUCCCCUUCAUUCCAUUUAUUCAAUUUGUAAAAAAAAAAAAAAAAAAAAAAAAAAAAAUUA